AUGGAUUAGGAAUUAGAUUUGUAAACAAGCAUAUCCUCAAUUGAUAUUGAUCAAUAAGGAAGGAAUUUGGUUGUAGGGGGAAGAGAAAUCUUAAAAAUAAUUGAUUUGGAUUAAGUGAAUAAAAAAAUGAGUAUCAAAUAGAAUAUGAGGAGAUAAGGCACAAAAUUGGCAAUAGGUUAUGUAGAAUUUAAUCGCAAAAAGCCAACUCUAUUAUUGGCUGCAUCUGUCUAAGGUUAAUUUUAGGUUUGGGAUAUUGACAAACAAAAAGAAACUGUUUAUAGAAAUCAUUAAGCUGCUAUUCAUAGGAUGAAUUGGCAUAAUGAAAACUGUUUUAUUAGCGGUGGGUAGGAUUAUACAAUUAAUUAUUAUGAUUAUCGUCAACCUGCUGCAUAACCAAUUUUUACAUUACAAAGAAAUGAAGCUAUUAGAGACAUUAAAUUUAAUAUUACAAGAGACAAUUAUUUUAUGGCAGCCUCCGAUACAGGCCAAUUAGAGUAUUUUGACAUUAGAAAACAAUAAGAAGUUGGUCGUAAACAAGACCCAUUUACCAAUUUAAUUAUCUGCUUGGAUUGGACUAAAGAUAAUGUUUUGGCUAGUGGAUCAAAUGAUAAAGAAAUUAAAAUCUUAUAAGUAGAGAAUCAUACUGACAUUAGGGAAAAAGGGAUCAUUUAGCAUAUAGAUGGGUCUUCUCAUAUCAAAUGGCAUGUGUAAAACAAUUCUCUUUUGAGUGUCUCAUCACUUAAUAGAGAUAUCUCAGUCACUACUUAUGACAUCAGAACUCCCUUCCGACCUAUGCAUAUUGUCAAGGGUCAUAAUGAUAUCAUAACAUCCUUUGUCUUUAGUUAAGAUGAAUAGUAUGUUUUUACAGGAUCCAAGGAUAAAUACUUAAGAAUGCAAUCUGUUAGAUAGGCAUAUCAAGUAUAUAAUAAUUGUCCUAUAUUCCCUGUCGCCUUUAAUCAAUAUAAUGAUUUGCUUAUGAAAUUAGAAUCUCCCUUCCCCAUUCAAUGUGAAUCAGAGAAGACCAAUCAAUAUUAAUAGUACUUUAAUUCAAUUUAAAAACAAUCCUCAAAUGAUGAUAUUUUUAUAUAAAAGUCGAAAACUUAGAAUCAAUUCUAAAAUACUUAGGUUUAAAAUUCUUGGUAAGAUAUCCAAAAAGCAACUUCUGUAUCUCCAUAAAAUUCACAAAUUCAAAAAACUAGUGUAAGAUCAAUCUUCUAUAUAGAAGCUAUUGAUUAAAGGUUUGAUCCUAAAAUUCCUUUUGAUGAGGAAUUAAAAUAUUUCCAAAAGAAUUACAAUUCAAAAAAGGAUUUUUCAUAUAAUAGUAAUGUUGCCUUGCAAAUAGAUAAACCAGAGAUAGCACAUUAUUGGAAAGCCUUAGAACAUCUUAUCAAUGACUUUAAAAAGUUAUCAAAAGAUUGUGGCUCCAAUAUUUCAAUGUAGAAUAUUCCUGUUUAGUUACCAAACAAAGGUAAUGAUUAAUCAGAUGAUGAUUAAAAGUCUCCUUUGGAAUAAACUAUAUAGAUUACAAGAAAUAACAAAUCACAUGAAAAAAAGUAAUUGGAUUCACAGGAUCUCUAAAAACUCUAUAAAUAUUUCGAAAAAUACCCAGCAGCAUUUAGAUAAGAAUUAGAUAGCAAGAAUAUCAUAAUUGAAGAUCAAAAUCAUUUGAAAAUUCAUAUAGAAAGAAUACCAUAUUAUAAGAACUUAUUAAGAACAAUGACUCCUAUUGGUUAUUUGCUGACUGAUAAAUAACAUAUGAUGCAAGUUAUUUCUAAUUCUAUACUCUAAUUAAUUUAACAUGUAAUCGAUUAAGGGGAACUUCCUAGUGGAUUUUGGAUGGCUGCAUGUGCAAAAAAUCAUGUAUAAUUCCCUGAUUUGAAUGCUAAAAAAUGGACUCAGUCUUAUAUUGAAUUACUAGUGGCGUUUGGCAAACACACAUUAGCUAUGAAAGCGGCAUUAGAAAGUCCAGUUGAAUAGUUUAGAACUAGUAAUAAAUACGUUACAAACUAUAAAUGUCUUGGCCCCUGCAAAAAUAACUAAGCUGCAGGACCAAUUUGUAAUAUUUGUAAAAUAGAUUUUAUAUGUGCAAUAUGCUUCAAGCCAGUAAAAGGUCUUUAUUUAUGGUGCUAACAGUGUAUGCAUGGAGGUCACAUGAAAGAAAUGAAAAACUGGUUUAAAAAUAAUGCUUCAUGUCCUUUAGGAUGUGGCCAUAAUUGUUUUGAUAAAUGA